GUCUCGCCGAGAUGAAUGCUCUUGUAAACUACGCACAAUCGGACCAUCCGUGAAUUUACGCCAUCUGUGAGUAUGCCCAUCAUCUCGCUGUCACCAUCUUCCAACGCACCGUCGAAUUCAUCACUUUGCCCGUCGCUUCCGUUCAAUGUACGGCUCGACUUUCCUCCCCCUCCGAUAGUUAUCUGAGCGACCCAAGUAUGUGCUUGACUUGGCCCAAGAGCGCAAUAUCUCGUAGUCCUCCACACCCCCCGAAGGAGAUCACUCUGUUCCAGCGGCACUGGCCCAGCCGCGGUGUUACGAUUGAGAAAGUUCUUGGGCUCUUGUAGCAUUAUGCUCUGGCGUGUUCUUGCGGCACAGCACAAAGAGGCCAUGGAUGCCAGAUGUUAGGAUGGUGUCGUUGCCAGCAUGGGCGCGGCCGUUAUUGGCAACUCUAUGAAUACUUAUGCCCGUCUAGAAGAAGAUGGGUACUUAUCCCCAGCCGGUUUUGGUUCGAAAGCACAUUGCCAGUGCACUUCCCUUUUUGCUCCUUCUUUUUUGACGAAGAAAGCAGCCAUGAACCACCGGAAUGCCACUAUUUUGCAGUUGCGUAACGAUGCGAGCAUGGUUCUGGCCAGCUUCGACAGGAGCAUCCAAGACCAUAUCCAGCGGCUCACCGUCUUGGAUUCCUUGAGCGUGCGCAAUCCUGAACUUUCCGUCUCAGAUGAUGGUGUUUUAGGCUUUGCCUUUCUACGUGGCGUUGAGCGUGCCACCGAGCAUCUGCGCAAUCAGAUCGCCGCGUGGGCAUCGUGGCUUCACAACUCUGCUGCCUCCAAUCAUGCGCAGACGGACACGCAGUUGUCCACUCUACAUGAUUUACGAUCUCGAACACAACUCGACAAGCAGAAGGCAUCCGUGUUAUCUUCGAACGAAGUACACGAUCUGCCGGCAAACCAAGAGAGUGAAACAACACUAUUCCUUCCCACCCAUCCUACCGAUCACGGAGGCCACGAUCUAUCGAGCUGGUAUUUUCCAGCAGUGCAGAGGUACGACACGCCGAGCCUUGGCCGGCUAGAUAUUUCGCCGUCAUAUGAUCAACUAGAUGCGAGCCCAAUGUCCCAUCCCAUUCCCGACAUGGGGCUCCUACCUAGCGUUGAACCGAUGCAAGAUGAUGCGAUCAGUUUGUGCGGCGAUCGAGACGUUCACGGGCCUCGCGUCGAAUGCACUCCUGAUGAUACCGAACUAUUUGUCCAAUCCAGCAUCGAGGCAAGCCCCAUACCCGAUGCCCAGUCUCCGGCAAAGUUCACGAUAGGGGUCAGAUCGGAUAAACCUACUGGGCAACCUGCAGAAGCUACCAUUUCGUUCAAUGACAAGGGCAAUGUCGAAUCAGGAGCCAAACUUGACACUCAGUCUCUGGGCCCUGGCUCGAACAUCCGGCCUGGUCUCGCUGGCCACAUCGAGUCUGCAGAUAUCCUCUUUCAUGAAUCCAACCUGGAGGCUGUUCACGAUGACGAAAAUGCCGAGAACCACUCUUGCAAGAACUAUGACCGCCAUUCAGAACCAAUCGAUAAGUUAAUCGAUAUAGCGGUUGAGUACGUCGACGCCAAGAAGCUAUUCUGUCAAAGCAAAGCACAUUUCAGACAGAGGCUAAGUCAAUUUUUUCCGGCAACAUUUGUUGACGAUACCCUUUUUCUUCAACUUCUUCGCAUGAUUACUGAGGACUCCAGAUUUGUAGUGAUUGACCCUUUGCAUUCAAGACUCCAUGAAGCCUUUCCACAUCAUGUCGUCGAAGCAUUUUCGAUGGAUUUUGACGGACUUGUCUUGCCCAUCAACGUCAACGUAUCUAACCAAAUGUUGAAUGCGGAUAGGAAUCACUGGGUUAUCGCAAUCAUCAACCCGAGCACGCGGACAUUUGAUGCCUUCGGGAUGCAGGAGGAUUCAUUCCUUUAUUGGGGCGCAAGAGUCGACGUCCUUGCCUCGGAACUUCUUGGACGGUCUGUCGAGCUUAACAAGCGGUCCCGUCAGCUAGGGCCAUACACCCACGAUUCUUGUUGCGCUUUUCUCUGCUCUUAUGCCCUGGACUGUUACCUCGGGGCGGGUUCUCAGCGCGAAGGGAAAUGGCCCACGGGACCUGAAUUGAGGGAGAGUUACUUCCGUAGGCUUCUUAUUCACUGGGGAGUGCCAUCCGGUUCCCUCCCAGUUCUUACGCAGCUGACGGAUUUCGACGCCCUCGAUAGUCCACAAUCGAUAGCUGCGUCAUCACACCUCGACAGCUCCAAGCAAGUACCUUGCACUGGAGGGCGUCACCACUGUCUGUUCAGUGACCUGCAGGAAUUCUACAACUCGAGCGGUUGUAAUCUCGGUCAACUGACGGAUGCGUUGAUUGAUACCGAGUCAGCCCUCAAGAUUGAACACAAAGCCCGUCUGGUCCAGAUGAUUAUGGAAUGCCGCCCCCUUCCCGAAGACGAACACAGCUCAGCUCAGUUGAGCAGUGGCUCAUGCUCGUUGAAGGAAUUGUUUCAUGAGAUUAACGAGAUGAAAUCACUGUUUCAGUUACAUAGCUUCCAGCAUAGGAGCCUUCUUAUCGAGACGGCGAAGGAGUUCGAGGUUCAGCUGGAAAGAGUGAGAGAAAAGCAACGAAACAAGAGAUCUCUUGCGAAGGCACGAUGGAAGAAACAAUCGAAAGAAGCUAGCUCUCAACAGCCGAGCAAAGUGUCCAAGAAAAAAAAGCUCCAGCGGGAACCCGAGACACUUGUCCAACAAGGACAGCACGAAAGGGGUUCUCGCGAGACCGCUGAGAGUAAAGUGAUACGGAGAGCGACUGGGAUCAUCACGGACAAACCCAUGGAUACUCCGUACUAUAAAUACGUCAAAGAAGGACGCAUCCUGCAGAACCUUGAGAGGGAUAUAGGCUGUGGUAUUCUGAGAUGUUUGCCAGGUGCAGUCAUUCGGCCCGAUGAAACAGUCUUGAGAUUCCGAAAUGCACGCAAGUGCUUCAAUCUAUUGAGACAGAACAUCGAUCCGAUACAAUACAACAAUCUCAAUCAUGACGGGAUAGCCUUUUUCAAGAGAUGGUUCAGGGCUUUGCACCCAGAGCUGGGACCAUUCACAUAGGGACUGCAUGUAUUUGUAGCUGACCAGCCGAGUUCAAGACUCGUCUAUAAGUGCGUCAUAACUCUUGCGAGAGCUCGCGAAUAGCAUGGAACUUACGACCUUCUUUGGCAUGGUAUCUGUACGAAAUGUAUUACAGAGGAAAUCAAAGUCUUCGAGCGACCAGUCUGUUCUGAC